AAACAAUUGUGUGGAUCGGAAGAGCAAUGCGACAAUAUUUGGAUAAUUACAAAACAUUUGUAUCGGUUUUAUACUUGUUUUUGGUGUUCAUAAGUGUUGACGGAAACAAUGAUUUGAGUGAUUCUCCAAAUUGGGAUAAAAUCUUCAGUUUGAGAAGUGAUGAGGACUGGAGACACAUCUGGCACUCGGAAAAACACAAACGUUGCUAUCAAGACCUCGUCGAUCACAUGGAAUGGGUUUGCGAUAAAGAUAUUUAUAAACUCCGCAAAAAGCGUGAUCUUAUCGAAGUGGAGACGUUCACAAACGGGCCGUUUCUGGUGCCUAAAGAAGCGAAUAAUAUG